AUGUCAUCUGAAUUCACAGCUGAGCAAUGCAAAACUUCCGACCUCCCACAAGUUCUACCGGCACAUCAAGCCUCGGUGCCCAACGCCUCAAAAGUAUCCAAAUUUGGAUCCACUCAACUCUCGACAAUCACACAUCCUAAUAGAAUACCACAUUUGCAGCCAUCAUUUCCUCCCCAUAGCCAUGGUAGCGUCUAUCCAAACAAUUCUAUGAACAACCUUUCAAAAACUCAAUGCAGCCCUCGAACCUCUCCAUCACAUCCUCCUACUUGUCAGAAUAGGCUCGGCUCAUCUGUCGGUACCCCAGCCUUUCCCAUGGUUGAUGAUUCUGGAGUGGCGAGACGGCCUUCAUCAAAUUGCCAACCCCUACAGGUGCCGGCUUCGCCCACCUUGGGCCCUCGGUCCACUUCACCCGGCUAUUCAGGGGCGCUUAUGACUGCUGCUCAAAUUGUAGCUGCCGACGACGUCGAAGAUACCAAAACUCGUCAGUAUCAGCAUUACCCUUUCCAGCAUUCAUGUCAGAGAGGACAUCUGGUGCUAGAGGAGACGUCUGGUCUCCAGGGUACGUAA